GAAGGUUAGGCGGGCUCUUGCUCUUGGACUAAGAACAUCAAUUUCAGAUUUUCUACUUGCUGGACAUUUUUAUCCUCGUUCAACAAUGAACACAAAGAGGCAUUUUGGAUGGCGAAAGCUAUUUCUGCUGGUCACAGUGCUUCCCUGCUGCAGGAGUUUGCAGGUUUCUAUUGCAGAGAAAGAAUAUGAGGUUGCAAGAGGAGGUGAUAUUACUAUGACCUGUACCUUCAUCCCAGCAAGACCAGUCACCAAUGCACUCGUCCUCACAUGGGAAGGUAACCCUGACAAUGAUGGUGAACCAAUGCUCUCAGUGGCCACCUACUUUCUGAACAAUCCGAUCGACAUUGCACCUGGUUAUGAUGGCAGAGCCUUUGUGGAGGUUGAUGUUAAAAACCAAGUGAGCACACUGCGCUUAACAAAUGUGAACAUGCAAGACAGCCGCAGUUACCAAUGCAGUGUUCGGAUCCCCAAUGAUGAUGAGGGAACAACAGGUGCCAUCACUUCCCUUUUGGUCCUGGUGCCGCCCUCUAAGCCGAUCUGCAGGAUUCAGGGAGCAGCAGAGUACUGGCAGAACAUCACUCUCACCUGCAUGUCUGAGGAGGGAUCACCUCAACCCCUUUAUGCAUGGAGGACCUACAGUGUCGAAAACAUUCCCAGACAACUUCCACCGAGGACAACCGAAAAGGAUGGAGCUCUAUCUCUCUUCAAUAUUUCAAGAGACACAUCCGGGUUCUACAUUUGCACAUCAGAAAAUCGGAUUGGUUCUUCCAGUUGCAACUUAACUCUAGCUGUGACACCUGGGAGCAUGAACGUUGGAUCCACUGCACUUAUAAUUGUAGGAGUCCUCGCAGGUCUGGUGUUUCUGGGAAUUUUGAUCUUCUGUUGCUGCAAGAAAAAGGGCAAAAAGGAAAAAUAUGCUGAAGGUGUCCCUGGAGAAGCUGCGAUUUAUGACAGAGAUGCUUCUGAAGCUGGAGAGCAGCUCUGGGAUGCCAAGCCAAACAGCGAGACAAAGCAUGUCAACCAGCAUGAAGUCAAAGACUUGGUUCCUCAAACCAUCAACAGCGUUGGUAGAGCUGCACCCAGGAUGGAGGACGAUCAACACAGUUAUUAUAGCGGUGAAGAAAAGAAUGAUGGCAAGGGCAGUGAUGUUGACUCUCGACCAUACCAGGACGACCAGCAGGAUUGUCGCCGUGGAAGUCGUGAUCAACUUGAUGCUGAGCGUGAUCGUUACGGUGGCAGUCGUGAUCGCCUUGACGAUCAGCGCGAUACUUACCGAGGCAGUCGUGAUCGCCUUGACGAUCAGCGCGAUACUUAUCGAGGCAGUCGUGAUCGCCUUGACGAUCAGCGCGAUACUUACCGAGGCAGUCGUGAUCGCCUUGACGAUCAGCGCGAUACUUAUCGAGGCAGUCGUGAUCGCCUUGACGAUCAGCGCGAUACUUACCGUGGCAGUCGUGAUCGCCUUGACGAUCAGCGCGAUACUUAUCGAGGCAGUCGUGAUCGCCUUGACGAUCAGCGCGAUACUUAUCGAGGCAGUCGUGAUCGCCUUGACGACCGGCGUGACCGGUCUGGCGGGAGCCGCGAUCGCCUCGAUUACACUGACGAUCAAAACAGACAAGGGUAUUAAUAACCUUAUACUGAAUGUCUCUAUGCCCUAAAAAAAUGUACUGGGUUUAGGGACUGACCUUAAGCCCUCAGACACAAUGCGAAUGGAGGUGCACACAUCUACGUUAUUGGCUGUUGCCAGCAUGAAGAUGAAACCCUUGCUUAGAAGCACUAGCCCUGCUAGCACACCUGCAAUGCCUUGGUUGGAAACAUGUGUCCAAGACAGGGCUCUCAUCCCGAGCUCUUGAAACUACCGCAAACUUGUGCUGUAAAGUUCAGGAAAUUCAGACACACAUAAUAUUAGUUUUUCCUAUAUUUUGCCUUCCGUGCCUGGCUAACUGCCUCAUUUCUCUUGGCCACACAGGUAUUAACACAUGCACCUUGCUCAACGCUGAAAAAGCGCAGUGGUGCCAUCAUCCCAUUGUGUCUGAAAGGGCCUUUAGUGCCAGGUCAUGUCAUAAAGAGACGCAGCUAAAUUCAUUUUCCCAUCCUCUCAAAUACUAUGAAUUGUCAUGUACAAAGCCAGUACUCAAAAUAAUAACCUGGGGAACGUUCUAAAUUAGAAGUGUCUUCAAUAUAAGCCUGUCCCACAUAAAAGCAUCAUUCUCUCUUCUACGGAAGUAAAUAAAAAGCCACUAUUUGGGAAUAUUCAGUUUGGAGGUGCUUGAAGUUUAGUGACAUUGUGAGUACUGUCUUGCACAGCUGGUUGCCAAGGUACUGUAGCCGAGCUAACUGGACCACUAAUCACAGUGAUUCAGCAGAAUUGAUUUUUUUGUCUCGAGUUUUGCCGUAAUGAAUCCUCGUCUGACUGAGCAUUUAAAAGGAGUAAAGAACACCAAAUAUGUACAUCUCUCCAGUGUGAGUAAACUGGUAACAUAGGCUGGUGAGUAUUAGUUUUGUUGCUAAAGUUACUUGGAGUUCCCAAGGUGGCUCAACUUUAAGUGUGUUUGAGAUGAUGCACAGGUUUAAUGGACACCUGUGAGCCAAUCAACUAUUCAGAACAAAACUUAAGUCUUAUGAAAACUCUGUAUUCUCUAGCUAAUCAGGACCUCAAUCAAUAGGCCAAUGUCAGAGAGGGGUUUAAAUGCCCAUUGGUCUCAGAAUGGAUACCCAGGGUUUUUAAUUAUAAUCUAUAUUAAUAGUGUCAUCAUACCUUAGUAGUGCUGAUAUUGUUGUUGUUUUUUUUCAUAAAAACUUGCCCAGUGCCUUUCUCAUUGAAUGUACAUUUGUCAUUCAAUACCAUCCAAUCAUUCAUAGAAAUAUAGGUCACAUAUUCAGGCCACAAAUCUAUUGCAGUAAUUUGGGGAUUGUUGUUAAAACAUUGUUUCAGGCAAAGGGGAUUGUUCUUUCACUUAUCCAUAUAAAAUGUCUACAUUAUCUUUGUGAUCCAGAGUAAUAAAGUGCCUCAGCUGCACCUGUGCUAGAUUUACACCUAUUCUAAAACGUAUUUUUAAGAUGUGUGCAAAAAGUUUUUUUAGUUUUUUUUUUUUUACUGUGUGUGAACUUUGUGUGUAACUUUUUCUUCAUGUUUUUUGUGUUGUAACUGAUUCCCCUUAAUGUAAAAUUGAAUUUUAUUGUAUGUGAAGAAAAUCAAAUCGAGUUCAAUAAAGAAAGUGGGUGAAAUA